UUUUAGUAGCACCCAUCAUAUCAAAAAGAUUUGUCUGUCUGCAGGGACCCAACUCUUCAAGUUCAGUGUUGAGACUCUUAGCCUGGACCAUGGGGAGCUCCUUUACAAUACAUAAUAAGACUCCCUAUGCCUUUCACUACUCUAGUGUGGGUAGAGGGGGUGUUCGUACAGUGCAUGGCCAUAGCACAGGAAAGUACUUACAUCCAAUACCUCCUUUCAAUUCUGAGGGCCUCCGUUUUAGAUAUGGAGAUCACCCAGAGUGGGACCUCAGGUGUGCAGGUCACAGUGCUCCGUACACCUUAAGAGAAAGCGAUGACGGUGAAAAAAUUGAACUGGUCAAUGGAAGACUGAAUGUCAUUGCUGACUGCUGUGCAAACUUUGGAAGAAUUGAUGACCAGAAACAAGAGUAUGAGAGAUGCCAACAACAGAAGAAACGCAGGAAAAUAGAAGAUGAGACGAGGCGGCAGGCAGCACUGGACCGGAAGAGGACAAUCCAAGAGCAGAUUGAAAAGGAGAAUAAAAAACUGAGGGAACUGCUUUCUGAAGCACAUGACAGGCUUCAGCUGGAGCUAAACCUCAAAGCCCAGGAGCAUUACCACCAGCAGCACUCUCAAGUCCUGCAUGAGCUUGUGGCGGAGGAGCACGGAAUAGAAAGGGAUGAGGUCACUGAUGUUAAUGACAAGUUUAAAGAACUAUUAUCAAAGUAUGACAUCAGAGAGGAUCAAAAUGUGAAGAUUCCACUGAAAAACAGGAUGAAAACUCUCCAAAAUGAGCUGACAUUACAAUAUUUUAAAGAGCACCACAUCCCCACUUCAUUACAGUGGGCUUUGGAUCAGGCUACUGGAUAUGUGAACCUGUCUCUGACUGAGCGGUUCAACAUUCUGAAUUCAGUUGUGAAGUUGACCUUAGAUGGUGACUCUGAUAUCAAAUGUUUCCUCACGACUGGACAAGACAGGAAGACUGAGUUCCUCUUCAAUUUGCAGGAACAGCUACAAACUAAAAAUCCAACACUGGCCAGACACGUGUUAGCAAAUGUUCUGGAUCUGUCCUCAAAGCUGUCCCAAUCAUGUAAGGAGAUCCUCUGUCACAUAGUCUUCAACAACAUCUGGAAACCAAAAGAAAUCAGGCUUUUCAUUAGACAGACCUCGAGAGUGGAUCAGGAAACAGUCGCAAAAAUUCUCCACAAAGCGUGCACCUACAGGCUGAGCUGUAACGACGCUCUCUCUUCCCUGAAAAAGAAAAAUCCUGUAGACUACAUCCAACAUUGUGUGGACAGAGCUGAGCGUGACAAAGAUGCUGACACACUAUUGGCUGAACUGGAAGACAAAAACUUUCCAGAGUGUAUCCUGUCACUCCUGCGAAAAGUCCUGACGUAUAUUGAAGAAGAGCUACCCAAAUAUGUAAGUAAGCCCAUUAAGGUGAAGAAGAUUGAAGAUUGUAAAAAGAUAAUAAAUUCUCUUGAUUUUAACAAUCAUAAGAUUGAUGCUCUGAAGAAAGUCCUGAUGAUCAUAUCCAGAGCUGUAAAGGAAUGCACCACCUUUACCACUCAAAGCGGUGAACAAGUUCAGGGCUACUUCCCAAGACUCAGUCAGCUGGCCUCAUUGCUGCUACUCCUGUUGCCACAGUCUGGGGAUAAGAAAGGUAGUCUGUUGGAAAUUGGCACCGGAGAGGGCAAAACUUGUAUUUUAGCCAUGUUUGCUACAAUACAGGCCACACGAGGCGUAAAGGUGGACAUUGUGACAAACUCUUCUUUGUUAGCAAGUCGUGAUCAGGAUGAGUGGAGAAAAUUAUAUGAUAUGUUUGGUAUUACAUCAUCCACGGUGCCUCCAACACACAUGGAUAACUGCUCUUUUAAAGAUCAUGACAAGCUGCUUGAGGAUGCAUACAGCCAGCAGGUCGUUUAUGGUACAGUUGGUACCUUUGCAGCAGACAUACUGAGGCAAGAGUUUGAGAAGAAGACUACUCGAGGUCUGAGGGGGUUUGAAUGUGUGGUAGCAGAUGAGGUGGACUACAUGACACUAGACUGUGGAGUGCAGGUCACAUAUCUGUCAGACCAAGCCCGUAGCCUAAGACACGUGGAGCAAGUCCUGGCAAGUAUCUGGGCCAUGAUGUCUGCCUGCUGGCCAAUAGAAAUGUUUGAAACGGGGGAGAUCAGGUGGGGAACCAGGAUCCAGCACUUCCACAAGGCUGUAAUGCAAGCAGUGGUUGGCUCAGAAUCAGAAGAUUUUUCAGCCGCUGACCUACUGAUGCUUGGUGCCCAGCUGGGGUUUUAUUCACAGGAGGAUGUGGAUGAAUUAAAUAAAGCAGAGGGUCUGACACAAACAGAGACCGACAGCUUUAAGGAUGCCAAGUGGACAGCCACAGAGAACAUCAUGGCCAACAUUGGACCGGAAAAACAGUGUAAGCUUCUGAGACAACUUGAGACAAAAAUAGAAAAGAAUGUGUCUGUAGAUUGUUACUCACUAAUGGACAGCAAAGCCAAACUUUACCGGAAGGACAGCUCUCAUAGAGACCCUGAUGUCAGCCUGCUUCUCCUGGAGAAUGGCGGUGCCUGUGAAAUCAUGUCAGAGGAAUCCCUCGUCCAAGGAGCUGUGGACAAAUUAAAAUCAACAAUUAAAUAUUCUGACCAGUGUUCUGUGAAAUCAUUGGAUGAAUGUAAGGGAUUUAUCAUCGUCCCUUCAUUUUUGAAAACAUACAUUGAGAAUCGGUUACCACUUUUUGCAGAGAACGCCUUAAAAGCCAUUAGAAUGACUCCGGGAAGAGAGUACAUGAUUGAAAAAGCACCUGAAGCUGACACAGGUGGUUUCAGUGAUGCUGACAGUCAUCAGUAUGAUGCCAUAAUUCCUGUGGACUUUGAGGCCAGUGGGAUGUUGGAGAAAAACAAGCGAUGGGGUGAGGGCCUACAACAGUUUCUGGAGAUGAAGCACCAGCUGGCCAUUUCACAGCUGUCCAAUGUGACAAAUUACAUGUCCAAUGUCCAUUUCUUUAAAAGGUACCUCAGUGGAAAAGGCAUUUUUGGUGUUUCUGGGACACUGGGGGAUGAAGCUGAGAAAGUAUUUCUAGAACGGCAUUACAAAACAGCAAGCUAUGUCAUUCCAGCUCACCGCCAUACGAAGCUUGUUGAGUUGCCAGCAGUUCAGGUGAGUGGAGGCAGCACUCAGUGGAUCCAGGUGAUCUGUGAAACUGCACAGAGAGCCGCAGUCAGAGGGCAAGUUGUUUUGAUCAUUUGUGAAGAUGUCAACACUGCAGAUGAGCUGAAGACAAAAAUGGUUCGUCCAGAAAGAGAAGCCAGUGAGCUCACCAUGUACACAAUCAGUGAGAAGCACAACAUCGAGAAACAAAACUUUAGCCAGGGAAACAUUAUCAUUGCUACAAACCUUGGUGGCCGAGGUACAGACAUUAAUGUUCAGCAGGACGUAAAUGAGUGUGGAGGUCUCUUUGUGCUCCUCACAUACUUUCCUAGAAGUCACCGUGUGGAGCAACAGGUCUUUGGACGCACUGCCCGGAAAGGAAACCCAGGGAUGGUCCAGAUGGUUCUCAACCAGGGCCAUCUUGCACCAGCGUACCAAGGCCAUUCAAUCGAAACCAUGAGGCAUCUCAGAGAGGAGUAUGAGCUCAGACAUUUAGACAGCAUAGAGAAAUAUAAGUGUGACAUUGAAAUUAAAGAAGCUCUCUUCUCCACAUUUUGUGAAUUUCUGUGUGACUUUGACAAGAAUUACACAGUGGAAGAAAGGAGUGACCUGUCCAAGGUAAAACUGAAGGAUGUUCCUGAAUAUUUUAAGAUCCACCAGAACAAGUUUGACUAUCAGACUGCACUGAAUGCUUUGAAAGAAUCUUGGGCUUUGUGGCUCAUCCUUCAUGAAGAGCACAUCAGCAGACAUGAUGAUAUCAGCAAGCUGAGAGAAGACCUCACCAAAGACUUGAAGAAGACUGGUGACUUCCUUCUGCAGGGGACCAGUUGUAAUUUCUAUGAUUACAUCAAACAGGCAGCAAGCAGAACUGACCUGCACUGCAUGAACAAAACUAAAUGUGACUUUGGAGCAAAGACUUACUGGCAGAGAGCUGCAGAGUGUGAUCAUUUCUACAGUGCUGUGGCGCUUUAUAAUCAAGCUUACAUCACACUCAACCUCAGAAAAGAAGACUACAUAGCUGAGGCAAAGAAAUUACUGGAGGAAGCGAAGACUGCAGUGGAUGUCUAUCUCUCAGAAUCAACAAAUACGAUGAUGUUUUGUAAUUUGUCAGUGAUGAGUGCCUUUGUUCCACACAACACAAACUGCAACCUCCAGAUCCAAAUGCAAGCCAGAAUGAAUAUCUUCAAAUCUUGGAAAGGAUACAUUGAAAGUGCCCUGACAACUCUGAGAGAGCUCGACGGCAGCGAAAGUGAUGCAGAAGUAGAGGAUUCCAGUGUGUACCAUCUUUCAAAAGAUAAAGACUUAAUCACCACCAAUGAGCUGAUGAUGCUCUGUGAAAAUGGCCUUAGCAUAGUCUUUGAGGUUAAGAAGAAGCCUGAGUUCUGCUAUGAUGCCCUUGCUUGUUUUGUUCUUGGUGCCCUUCAAGUAGCAGCAGGUGUUCUUGUUUGUGCUCUGUCAUGUGGUGGUGCCAGUCAGUUUGGACUUGGACUGACUUGUGAGGGGGUAUCUGACAUGAUUCAAGGGAUCAAAGGAAUGAUACAAGGAGGCUUUGACUGGGCUGAAUGGGCAAUCUCCAAGGCCAUCACCAUUGGAUUAUCUCUGAUCUCUGGUGGAUUCAGCCGACUAAAGAAAGCUAGAAGUGCAGUGCGAAGUGGCACAAAAAGUCUGAUCACAGGAGCAAAGAGUACAUCUGUCUGUACAGUAAAACAGUGUUUUCUGAAGGUGGGAAAGUAUGCAGUUCAGGAACUGGGGAAGCAAGGAUGUAUCAGUGAUCUGACUCAUACUGUUGAGAAGGAAACUGAUGCUUUUUUCCAAAAGGUUCUGAAGGACGUCUUUGAGAAAAAGGUGUUUUCACUGAUAAAAGCCAACCGUGAGCUGGAUGAAGUUCUCACAAACUUCAUUUGCUCAGGGAUACCAAAGACUGCCCUGGAGAAUGGGUCCAGUGAAUUCAUAAUUGACAGAGGGUGUGAGGAACAAAUGCUUCAGUCAGUGGAUCUGAUAACAAGAGAAGUCAUUCCUGCCCUGAUGAUGAAUUGUACCAUGGUUCUUAAGGUUCUUAAUAUACUUUCAGAACUGUGUGGUGCUGUAACACAACACACAGGAGGCCUCAAAGGGUUGGAUCUAAUGGAAAAAUCAGCUGAAAAUGUACAAGUUAAUGUACAAACACUGGAUUCAAUACCUACGGAGAAGGUCAUUAACAACACUUUUGUUCCUCAGCUGUUGCAAAGCAUGGAAAAUCUACCCCAAGAAAGGAAUGACCAGGAUGGAAGACGUGGUCUAUCAGAUGUGAAACGCUUUAAACAUGAACUCAUCAACAUGAUUGCAGAAAGUGCUUCAAGCUCUUAUGUUGAGGCCUGUUUCAGACAUAUGACCUCCAUCAUGAGCAAAAUGUGCAUGAGUCAAAUAAACCAUGCUGCUGGUGGUGCUGUUAGAAACAUUCUCAGCAGUGUCGACGCCCAAAGUUUCGGUGAAAACCAGCUUUAUAAGCAUCAUAUGAAAAAGGCAAUCCAAAGUCCACAUGAGCUGUUGUCACAGUCUGAGAAGAGGGACUUGGAGUCUUACAUAGAGAAAAUUUCUGAUGUUAACCACCCUGCUACAGCUUUGGACAUCCAUGUCCUCACUCAAAGUGAUGCUCUGGAAGGCAAAGGCAUCAAACUGGUUACGGUGGACAACGAUGGGAAGAAGCUUUCAGAAGACUAUUUUCCAGGGAAGGAGGACUCAGCAGGUGAUAUAGUCCUCCAGCUGAAGAAGGAGCCAAAAAAUCCAACACAGACAGAAGGAUCCUUCUCAGAGAUGACUGAGGGGAUCUGGGGUGAACAGAACCAAUGCAGUGGUCACUUUGAAAUCCUGAGCCCAGAUGGCACUCUGAUCCCUGUAAAUUCAGAGGGUCAAAACUGCCUCUAUCAUGCUGUAGUCCAGGCAACCUGGAAAAACCAAGGUGAUAUGAGAAAUGAGGCGGUUAUCCUCAGGAAUCAAAUCAAACAUACUCUUCAACAAAACUUACCGAGAUACGUGGAAGUUUUGAAGCUGCAGAAAGAAUUUGAAGAAACAUGUACAUCUCCUGGAAGAUAUUACAUCUGUGGAGGAGAAAACAAAGAACAAGAAAAACCUGAAAUUGUCAAGGAUUGGGAAAAUGAAAUUAACUCGAUAACUAGCUGGAGUAAUAAACCUAAAAUUGAGACAGGCAAACUUGGUUUGGUUGGAAAGCAUGAUGUGUUAAAAAACAUAGAGACCGAGGGUGAGAAAGUGGAAGCAGACCAUAUCCCUCCUAAAUGUGUCUUUAAAAAUCUACAUGAAAAUCCUUUCUACAGAGUGGCAAAGUGGCACAAUGAUACCGAACAUAAAGAACUUACAAAUCUUCUUUCUAAAAAAGUAAAGGAGACCAUUGAGAACUUUGAGAAAAUUAUAGAGGAUGAAGAUCAAACAAUAAAAAAGAUCAAGGAGAGACAGAUUUGGAUCAUGAAAACCACUGAACAAAAAGCCAUUGAAAUUUGCAUUGUGAAUAAUAAGUAUGAGAAGAUGAUUCUUAAAAAAAUGAAGCUUGAAGCUGAUCAGAAUAGCAAAAAAAAAACUGGAGGACCUUGGAAAUAAAAUGUCUGAGAAGAUGAGUCUUUAUGAUCUGAUUUGUAAAAGUGGAGAUAACGGGGCAUGCAGAAAUGUUCUUAAAUCACAUCACGAAAAAGGCCUCACUUAUGGCAACUCUACAUGUGCUCAGGCUAUCAGUGCAAUCCUUCAACAUGCCCUUCUUUCUGGUGAUGGAGAAAAACUGAUAAAAUGGUCACUGAUGGCAGCAAAUCCAGAGGUGUCAAUACCCAUCAAAAAGGUUGUUAAAGAAAUAUUUUCCAAGUCAAAAAUGAAGAUCAACGAAGAGAAGUUUGAUGAAAAUGAUAGGAUAUACCAUCACAUUGGAGACAAGCUGUUGGUGGAAUAUUACAAGAACCAGAAGGUCAUCACAGAGCCGGAAAAAGUAAAGCUUUAUAAAUGGUUGGAACGAAAAGAAGCUCAGUUGAAAAAAGGCAACCCUGAUGUUUGUUUGGAACAAAUCAAACCUCUGUUGGAACAACUUCCCUAUGAUGUUGGGUCGAAAAAAGAUCUGUUGGAAGAGUUUCUCUUUAAUGUUUGGUUGAAACAAAACGAAGCUCUGUUGGAACAACUUCUCUAUGAUGUUGGUUUGGAACAAGAAAAAGCUCUGUUGGAAAAAAUUCUCUUUGAUGUUUGUUUGGAUCCAGACGUGGCUCAAUUGUGCAAAGAAAUUCUUAAAGAAAUAUUCAAAGAAAAGACAAAAGGUGAAAAACAGCUGCACAUUUUAACCAGCCAUCAGAAACAUGAUCCACUCACACUGAAGUUUGUAAUCAGUGAGCAGACAUGUUACAGUCUAUAUUUGACUUCAUCAUUCAGUUUACUAGUACUGCACUCUGCCUGUGUUACAUCACUUUAUUAUUGUAAUAUGAUAUUACGUUCACUCUGUUAGAAUGAACAAUCUGUGUUUAACUGAAAAUAUCACAAGGCGCAAACUGAGAGACCAGCUGGCUUUAAUACCUGGUCAUUUCAGCUCAGUGCUGCUAUCCUGCCAUUUAUGAUUUGAUCAUAUAUUAAUAAUAUGUUAUCUGUGUUUGUAAUGAUACAUUUUGAUUACGAGGACUGUCCUUCAUGGACUUACUAAGGCAGUUUUAACAUUAAUCCCACAUCACUCUGUCCUCCUCCUCUUGGACCCUUGUUCCUUCAUUCUUUGUAAAGCUUCAUGUUUCUCCUUUCAGUCAGAUUUUGUAAAUUAAGAGCACAAAAUAACUUUGAUUAACUUUUGUUUCUCUCCUCCUGUUUUAGAAGAGAAAGAGCAAGCAUUGGAAAAAGCAGGUAAAGUGGGCUGUAUACGCUUGUUUUUACACACAUUCGUUAGCCUGACAAAAGUGAUCCCCUUGGACUGAUUUUACAUUUACAGUUCUUGUUUUCACUGAGUUCGGUCAUGUUAAGGUUCAAAAAUUGGAGAAAAGGAGUACGGAGGGCUCACAAGCAAAUAACAACUCUGGUCCAGAAGAUGUGAUCAAAGCGAAGAUUUAUUGAUUCACGCGCGGAGUUCAGCCACUGGGCAAAGUCAGUGACCGGACUGAACUUACAAUAAUUAGACAAAGGUUUUAUAUGGGUACAACAACAAACCCCCCCUCUUUUACAAAACAGACAUAGUACAGCUUGCGUCAACCUAAACCACAAAAUGUUCCGUGAACUUUUAACAUAGUUUUACAGAACAUUACGUCUCAUCUCCAUCCCGGUGUCGCACCAUGUACGCGUUCUUAUCUCCCCGAACAUCAAGCGCACUUCCUGUAAGCAUCUGACAAUAUGCCGGCACAACUUGCAAUUGCAGCAAAAACACAUCUUAAUUUCUUACCUACUAAAAUCGAUCUCUUAUGGUGUGUACGUGUAUGUGUGAGUGUCUGCUGCGUCUGCUGUGCAUGUGUCAUGACCUCUCCUGCCCCCAGCUCACCUCACACCUUCAGUCAUCCUGAGACACAAAGCCUGCGCUCGUGCACAGCUGAACUAUGUGUGACUUCUAGACUAAAUGUCACACUCAACGGGUGCUACUCACCCCAUGAAGAAAACUUACUUAAAAUGAACAUCACAUGAAACUUAAACUUACUCAAAAGGCUAUAAGGUGUAAAUGAUAAAAACUUAAAUCUUAACUCUAAAGGAUAUAAGUAAUAAAAGAUAAAAAUAGCUCUAGGCAUAUGUCAUGUAAGCAGGUGUAUUGCAAUUCCUUUCAGAGCUCCUGUCAUCCUCACCGUGUGUUGGCUGAUCAUUAACGCCUGCCAAGAGUUUCUGACCUUCACUUGACCAGGAGCCACAACUCUUUAAUAAGCUCAAAUGCAAUCAUGUGUAAAAGAUUAAAAUCAGUUUCAUAACAAAGGUUCUCUCUUGUCAGAUCUGCCAAUAUGUUUGCUCGUCUCUACUACAGUUUAAUCAUUGAAAAUGACACUGAUCAGCAUACUAUGUGGAAGUUACAGAUUACAUAAUGGCAAAAGCAUUUUGUCGGACCCCUCAGUCACUAGUUAGCUAACAUAUUCUAAUGCAACUAUUAGCACCAACCAACCAGUGACGUCAUGUUUUGUAUAACACAUAAUUCAUGAUAGUUAUCACGGGGAAAGUUAUCUAUAGAGACCAACAUGUUUGUGUAUGACACACAUGCAGAAGACCUUUCAGCACAUAGUGACCGUGGCAACUUGCACAAAAAAUAAUGACUUACAAAACUAAAACAAAACCUAGAAACCCUUGUUCCUUCAUUCUUUGUAAAGCUUCUUCAUGUUUCUUCUUUCAGUCAGAUUUUGAAAAUUAAGAGCUGAAAACUAAACAAAGUAACUUUGAUUAACUUCUGUUUCUCUUCUUCAGUUUUAGAUAUACAAAUCCAGCACGGGAAAAAGCAGGUAAAGUGGGCUGUAUACGCUUGUUUUUUUACACACAUUCAUUAGCCUGACAAAAGUGAUCCCCUUGAACUGAUUUUACAUUUACAGUUCUUAUUUUCACCGUCACUAGUUAGCUAACAUAUACUCAUGCAAGCCUAUGAGCACCAACAAACCAGUGACGUCAUGUUUUUGGGGGGGUUUUUUUGAAGUAUGUUUGAAAUUUUUUGAUAUAAGGAAAAAAAAGAGACAAAACAAACAAAAAAAAAAAAAAAAAAAAAAAAAAAA